UCUUGUAAGUGAAGGAAGUAUAGUUGUAUUACCGUAUUCUGUUGCCAGUACUAAAGAGUUGCCUGCUUAUAGUAAACGACUUGCAUUAUCUUUAGCAGGUGUUUUAUGUAAGUGUCCAUAUGUUAUGUUUAUUCUGGUGGGUAUCGAAGAUUCACCUGUCUCUGAUGCAUUCACUACCAGUCAGUUGAAGAAAGAAAUCAUGGAUAAACUCCUAGUAUGGAGAGGGGGAGUCAUGAAAGAAAUUGGAACUAUUACAUUGCGUGAUUGGAGACUGGAACAAGUGAAUUACACAGCACAGAUUUUAUAUGCAUCCGGUGUUCAAAUUGCAGAAGAAAUUGGAAGCUUUAGUCGAAUUAGACUACAAAGUCAUAGCCAAAAAAAGAAAAAUCUGAAUUCAAGUUGUUUGGGUGAAUGGCUAGAUUAUGCUGUAGACGGUAUACAUGCUGAUUUUAAAUGGAUUCCCAAGGAAUUAGAAACACACUGCUUUCAAGCUUUUGAUGAAAUUCCGCGAAAGAUAUUCUCAGACCAUUUAUCUAUUUUUCGAGGAAUGAAAGAAGAGACCUUAAAGCUGUUUAAAACUCAUGAAUGUUUUCCAUUGGUUGGGAAAUUGCUAGAAUUCUUAGAGAAACAGGGAGGUGCAAUAUUUGUUAAAGAUGAAGAAUUAAAACAUCAUUGUGUUACGGAUAUAGAUGGAUUUAAAAACUUGGUGAUGAGUGUGUUAAACUGUAAUCCACCAAGUAAAGCAGAUGUACCAUCUAUCAGUGAUUCUAUUAUACCAGUGUGGACAGAAACAGACUUAAAAGAGAAAUUCUCAAGUAGCGUUCAGUCAGAUGAGAUUUCAGAUCUAAUAGAAUUUAUAAUAGAAAUGAAUCUAUUGGUGCCAGUAAGAUGUGAGAUUGAUGAGUUAGAUAUUAAAGUAUGUGGUCCGAUACCUAGAGUUUAUAUACCAUAUAGUAAUAUACCAAGCAAACCAGCAAUUGAUCUCUUGUCAUUAUAUCCAGAAACCCUACCACCUAGAAGUUAUCAACGAGAGAAAAUCUACACAUUUCUACCAGGUUUACCAGCUUCAUUAUUUCCAACAUUUUUAAGGAAAUGUGGAGAAAUAUUUCGAUUCACACUGCUGUGGAAGACUGGUGCUCUCAUACAACAUGGACCUGUUGAUGUAUUCAUAGAACUAACUGAAAACAAACAUGGAUACUUUGAACAUGCACCAGUGAUAGCUGUACAGGGAAGAAUUGCAUUAUGGGAUCAGCUUGUAGACAGUAAUAAAGAAAAUACCCACUAUGAUGGUAAAUGUCUGUGGGCGGUAUUAAAUACAAUAACAACAAUACUUGAUUCUGUUUGCGUUCAGUUACGAACAUUUGCCAUGAUAACUAUACCUUGUUUAACAUGUGUACCAGAUGGUAACAGAAAGAAGACUUUGGGAAACUUUUCUUGUUAUCAUUUUAACUACUUUGUCUUCUUAGCUGGAUUUGAUCGAGGAAUGGCUUGUAAGAAAGAAGUGAACGCUAAAUUUGUCAGAAAGCCUGAGCUUACAGGAGAAGAUAUGGCAUCUAUUGUACCAUAUCAUAACUACAGUUUUAUGAUGGAAGCUAAUAAUUUACUGAAUAAAGAUGAUUCCUUGUUCCCAUGUGGUGUGCCGACAGAUCCAUUUGGUGAAAAACAAUGUUGGAAAUGUUUUAACUGUUGGAGAAAAGAUGAUUUGGUUUGUCAUCACUGUGGUAUGUGUCAACAAUGUAUAACCUUUUUAGCGAAAAUUGACCGCACUGUGAAACCAGGAUAUGUUGCCAGUAAACAUUACAAUGUGAAAGACUUUAACCAAUCAACAGUCAAGAAUACUGGUAGAAAGAAAGCUAAACUGAUACAGGCAGAAGAAGGUGAUUCAGAUGAAGAAACUGUGAACAUGAUAGAGAAAGAUAUUGAUGCCAAUGCCCUCAUGUCCGGAUGUCUAAUUUCUCUGUUAAGAUCACAAGAACUGAGAUUACAGCAGUGUAUGAAUGGAACAUAUUUUAAUGAAUUGUCUUUAGUAAUUAUCACAGGAAAACAGUUUAUUCUCACUUUAGAAGUUCAGAAUGGAAAGACAAUAGAGUACAAUGCUUCAUGUGGUAUAUUUAUGGAUCAAGAGGAUGAAGAACAUAAAGAAUUAGAUUAUAAAGCACAUACAGGAGAUUUAUUUACUCUUAGAGUUGUUAACAAGGUGAAUAAUCACAAUAAUUAUGUUAUUGAUUUUUAG